AGAUCUAAAGCAAAGAUCUCGAGUACGACUACCUGCCUAAGGUGAACGAAGAGAAACCCGAGAUAAUACGAAAGGAAGAUGGACAUAAUCGAGUUGACGGAUGGGGAUGCAUUUGUUCCCCUCCGACGGCGAUGGCUUACAAAAGUCUUCGUCACCAGCAAUUUUGUAUCACUGCUCUUCCAAUCUUCUGACGACGGUCUGAUGGCCGUAAGUGAUGACUCUUGCAACGUCAACAAAAACAUGAUCGACAUAGGUCUCUUCGUGCAGCUCGCCUUCCUCAGCUUGUUAUCCUCGUAGCGAUGGUUUGGAUGAAUUAGUUCCAUCCUAGUGAGAUUGGUAUUCUUCUUUGUGGGCACGAGCCGAAGGAGAAUAGGCUAGAACUGGUAACUGCGAGAUUUGCCGGGAAAAGUUGAAGAUGAGGGAGUUCAGGUACGGUUGGGAAAUGAUCGCAUACAUCUUAUAUUAGGUUAGGUACCUAGGAGGUAGGUUGGGGUAAUCCCUUCUCCUCGGA